GGCCGUGGGGGGUGCGUGGCCGACACAAUGAGUCGGCUCGGGGUUGGCCCGACGAGGCCUGGUGAGGGGAGGGACGCCGGCGGCAGUUGGAGCAUCGUGGGACAGGCUGAGGGCGGACCGCUUCGGUGAACCCAUCAGUGAGCGGGCACGAUGCCGCGAAGUCAGUCUCGGGUGUUUGAGGAUUUGGGGGAGGACGAGAAUCGGAAGGCGCAGAAGAAGUGUUGCGUGUACAAGUACAUCCGCGUGGGACAGAGUCUCGGCGAGAGAUUCCGCGGCAAUCGCAUGUUGAAGUGCGUUUUCUGUGGCCACGAGUUCCAGGGCAACCAGUUCGUGGCGGCGUGCCAUUUCCACCAGGGCAAGGGAUGUCCGGAAGUGACCGACGAGGCGCUUGUCGACAUCCACUACAACAAUGAGUACAAGAUGUCCGACAAGUUCCUAAAGCGGAUCCAGCAAUUUGAAGAGCUUCACGGUGCGGCGCCUGCGACGGACCCGCGACGGGACGAGGGGGGGGAGGGAGAGACGCGGAGGAGCAGAUUGACGUGGACGACGACGUUGAGGAGGUUGCACGGGCGGGGUGCGGAUACGGCUGAGGCGGGUCCGUCUGCGGGGAAGAGGAAGGAGAGAGAGGAGGGGGCCAGACCGACGGCAGCACAGAAGAGGAUGAGACAGAACACGAUCACGGAGUCAUUCACUUCAAAGUGGCAGAUGGAUUUCAAGAAGAAGUGGCUGCGUUUUGUGUACAGUCAGCGCCUAGCGUUCAACGUCUUCCGGAGCGAGCCGUGGUUGAACGUCGUCCGACACUUCAGGGAUUUGUCGAGGCCAGUGAAGGUGUUGUGGCCUUCAGAGAAUGAGAUCGCGGACAUAGAGACCAUUGUCCACAUGGCGGACGAUGUGGGAGCUGAUCUCGCGGAGGUCAGGGCUCCUUUCUAUGUCACGGGGGCCACCAUUAUGUCAGACGGAAGGAAGUCACGCGAUGCUAGACCCAUCGUUAACUUCCUUGCCGGCGGGUCGCGUGGGGUGAUGCUCGUCCGGACGAUGAACAGGGAGGGUGGCAGGUGCGACAUGGCAGUUGGUGGGAUUCCAUGGGCAUCUUGUUCCGUAUCAUGGAGAGCCUGUGUACGACCUGCUGCGCAGGUUGGAGGGCUGCAUAUGUCGCAGGUGGUUGAGUGGACACAGGAUCUGGCCCGCCAGGUAGCAGAGGAGGUUUGUGCACUUUCGACAGAUCUUGCACACUACAUUGUGCAGAGGGUGCAGGCUCGAUGCGCUCACAUGCUGGACCCGGCGCACGCCGCUGCUCACCUUCUCUGUCCCAGCCGGCGGGACUUGCGGGACUUCGAGGGCAUGGUCAGCGACUACGACGUGAGUUUGGUGAGGGAGGCGGAGACUUACAUCUUGUCGCAGACAGGGUUCAGUGUGGCGAGCCUCGACUACGAGACCGCCUGUGCGCAGUUGCGCGACUUCCACACACGGAGGGGGACGAUUGCUUGGGGGGGGAGAGACGGAGAGAGAGAUGCACAGAGGUGCAAGGGCGAUGCGGAGACGUACGAGUCUGGGUGUUGGUGGUCAAGGUACGGGCAGUGCGCCCCGCAGUUGCAGGUUAUCGCUCUUCGUGUGAUGUACAUGUGGACGUGCUUCUCUCCUACGGAGAGGAAUUGGGUCGUCCACGAGGGUGUACAGACGAAAAAGCGUAACCAGCUUGAGUUCGAGAAGGUCGCGAAGUUGGUUGAGAUCUCAGCCAACGUCCGCCUUCUCUCUCAUCAGCGGGCAGGCCGCGGGUUCGCGCCGCCGUGGACUCUAGAUGAGUCGUUGUUGGACGUGGAGGGAGGUAUCGGGAUUCGCCCGGGGACGAACGAGAGCAGGACGCGGGAGGAGGUCGAGGAUCAGAGACAGUCGGGGAUUGGCCAUCGUUCUCUGGGUCGCUCUGGCAUGGCAUCAUCCACCGCUCUUCCCACUUCGACGGAGCAGCUUCAUCGACAGCCAGUCGGUGCAGAUCGAUUGCAGAGAUUGGUGAGGGGCCCGAGACAACGAUUGGAGGACAGAUUAGAGGGUGGUCCUAUGCCGGUGCAGGGUGACGACAGAGACACACAGGGGUUGGUUGGUGGAGAUGGUGGUGCGUUGGCCGGAGGUGGAGGCGGUGCCGAGGUUGAUGCGGCGGUUGAGGUGAUCCCGAUGGGCGGCGGAGGCGGUUUCAGUGAGUUUGGUGACAUGGGUAUGCCCCCGGGAGAAAGCGUGGGUCUGGCCCGAGGAGAGAGCGAGUCCCGUGGGGACAUCAGUGUGGGUAUGCAGGACUUACUGGGACAGAUCAGCUUCGCGGAUCCGAGUAGUUUCUCCCCUGCCAUGCGCGCAGAGGUGAUGUUGGGGGCAGAGGGGGAUGAGGACCGGACACCCCCUGGAGAGACAUCUGCAGAGAGGGUGGAUAGGCUUGAUAGUCUUGAGGGUGCCGUGCAUAUGUCCCCGGGUCUGGAGGACAUACAGACGGGGCAGUCAGUGGGCGUUGAUGAUAUUCGCCCAUCGACACAGGCGGAGGGGAUAGCGCCGACCACCGGGGGGGACGGCGUCGUAGAGGGGGCCGUUGGUGUUGGCGGGUCGGGGGUGUCGUCGGCGGCCGAUCCGAUGUCCACGUCUGGAGGGGGAGACCCCGCACAGGUGGACAGGCGUGACGCGGACGGACAGGAGAUGCCACAGACUUUGGUGGUUCGCACUGCCGUGGGGCAAGUGGUGCCACAUCAGGCACCGUUUUUGGAGGGUUAUAGGCGUCCUGCACAUGGCGGUGGCCCGGUCGAGGAGCGACGUGUAGGCAGGGGCGUGUGCAUACCCCCGGUCCCUACUUUUGCGCCGUCACGGACGAGGCCGGAGAUCAGGCAUGUGGCUACGCCUCGGGGCAGCCUCCCUUUUGGUUUUAUGACCGCUGAGGAGUUGGAGGACCACGGCAGGAGGGAUUUGACGGAGAUCGACCAGCGUGUUUUGAGGUCAGUCCCGGUGGAGGGGAAGCUGCCUCACGUGCAGGACUUAUCUUGGGGGCCAGCCAGCCCCAGCUUACCUUCUGGGUGUUCCAUCGCAGCGCCAUCUGGCGGGGCUGCAGGGGACUUACCUUCUGGAGGUUCCGUCGCAGCGGCAUCUGGCGGGGCCGCAGCGGACUUACCUUCUGGAGGUUUGGUCGCAGCGCCAUCUGGAGGCGCCGUAGGCCCUUCGUCACCCUUGACCGCAGCUCCCAGGGAGGGCGGCAGUCUCACCCCGAGGUCGGUUGCCCGUAGACGGAGAGACACUACCCAGCGUGCGCGGGAGUUGUUGGACACCAUGUUGUUCGGUCGCACUGAUCGACCAUGGAGUGAGACGAGACGGGUGACGGUGGCGAGUGCCGGUCGUCAGCCAGGUUUGAGAGGGGUUUCCAUGAGCGCGAGACGCCGAGAUGUUGUAGCUUCAGGGUUUGGCGGUAGAGGGGGCGGCGGCGGUGGCAGUGGUGGCGACAGCGACGGUCGACGUGAGGGCGCAGGCGGUGCCACGAUGAGCGUAGUGAAUCCGCCGCGGACGUACGGUUUGAGAGAGGCGUCAAUUAUUUUGGAGGAGCCUGAUGUUGUUACACGACUGAGGCAGGCCCGACACGUGCCCUUAGAUCGACGCCAGGAGGGGGAGACUUCAGGGACUGACGGUCUACCUAUGGCACGCGAGUCACGCCGACGUAAUGACCUAGCAGCAGCAGCCAUCAGGACGGUGAGAGGCAAGAGAGUCAUUAUGGACGACGAUCCCGACGAGCUUCCCGUCGCUCCCGAGCCUUCUGCCGGCGGACGUGGCGGCCAGCGUCAGAGAGAUCGAGGACGUGGCAGUGAGGAGGAGGAGGAGGAGGAGGAAGAAGAAGAAGUGGACGAGGAGGAGGAGGAGGGAGAAGAAGAGGAGGAGGAGGAGGAGGAAGAAGAAGAGGAGGAGGAGGAGAAGAGGAGGAAGAAGACGAGAAGGAGGAGGAGUAGAAGAAAGGUAUGGCAGCAAGAAGAGGAGGAGGAGGAGGAGGAGGAGGAGGAGGAGGAGGAAGACGAGGAUGUAGAAGAGGACGAGGAGGAGGAGCAGGUCCAGCAGGAGAUAGGGCGACGGUCCACUAUUCGCCGGCGGAGCAAAAGGGCAAAAGCUCAUUUGGUUUUGUUUUCCAGUUAAAAUAAAAAUAAAAAAAUCAGUGUAUCAAUCAAUCGCAUUGAUUGAU